AUGAAGUUCUAUAGACGCAUAAAUGAACACUGCCUCCAAAUGAUUAAGCAAUACGGCGUACCACCAGUGGUCAUUGCCAUAUGCAUCAAGAACACCGCAUCAACACAUGUGUACGGCUUACCGGCACCAAAGAAUACUGCUACUACUACCACAACAGCAACAACAACAUCAUCGUCCCUAGACGAGCUCUGUGAAAUGGUGAAGCUUUUAAUAUGCUCGAUAUCUAUGAGCGUGAUACCGAUAUCCCAUAUGCAAUCCCUGAUACUCCAGAAGAGCCGUAGAGAAUGGUAA